AUGGAUGAAGAAAUUGUAACAAUUGAAAAAAAUGAUACAUGGGUACUAGAAGAUCUACCUGAAGGCAAAGAUGUUAUUGGACUUAAAUGGAUCUACAAACCCAAGUACAAAGAAAAUGGAACAAUUAUAAAGUACACAGCACGGCUAGUCGCCAAAGGCUAUUCGCAACAGCCAGGAAUCAUGGAGCUCUUCUUGAGUAUUCAUGGCCGUAGAGCUUGUGGUUUGUUGGGUUAUUACAGCAAUAUGUUGAAAACUGGAAUCUUUUAUAGAUCAAUGGAUGACAUUUCUCUGUUCAAUGAUUGCUCACAGGAACGCCAAUCGAUUAGCAUUGUCCUUCGAUUACAACUAGCAGAGGGUAUUGCACAAGCUUAUGUGCCUAAACUGCAUCAUGGUUUGAGGGCAAUCACUUCUGGGAAUAAUAAAGAUCAAAGUAUUAUUAAUACCUUAAGGCAGAGUGCCAGAGAAGAAGAAGUCUUUGAAAAAGUUGCAAAUAUAGCUACCAAUGAGGUUCCAAUAUUUUUGAAAAAACACAACAGGAAGGCCAUCGAUGCAUGGAGCCUUCCAAGGACCAAUAUUAAAGAGAGCACUCUUGAUUUCCUCGUCUUUAAUAUUGUGAUUGAGAGCUCCUAA